AUGGAUAUAAGUGAAUCAGCAGCACGAACACUAAAAGUCUGCAUCCAUGAUAAAAACGAUAGGAAAUACUCUAAUCAAGACGUGGUAUUAAACCCAGAUUAUGAAUUUAAGGUCGGGCGGCUAUUGGCCGUGUAUACCCCGGAAGCAUCAUCGGACAGAACCAAACAUUUGUUUGUAAAAUUCGUUCCAAUUGAUAAAGAUACGCUUAAUAAUAAUCAAGUAUCGGUAACCCAAAGCAUCGCGUCUCUGUUUGGUUUUAAAGCAUGGUCGGAAGUAAGAGUUCGAAAGGUUGAUGUACAUUACGCGGCGGCUGAACACAUUGAACUCAUGUUCAAAGAUCAAUAUAUUGGACGUGGUGAUAUGUGGCGCUUGAGCAGAAGUCUUAUCGGUUCGUGUGUACAUGUUGGAAUGGAGGUGAAAAUGCUUGGCGGAUGUAUUAAGGCGCGGGUGAAAAAGAUAUAUGGCCAUGGCGAACCGUUGUUGAGCGGACUAAUUACCGAAAAGACCAAACAAAUAUUCAGGUCAGAGUCCGCAAAGUAUUUUAUCCUGGUGCAGAUGAGCAGAGAAAUGUGGGAAUUUGAUGAAGACGGCGAAAUAUAUUUUGAAAAAACUUUUGAUGGAUUUUUACCCGAGUUAUUCCAACGAUGGAAGGAGUUUUCGACGAACCACUUGGUUUCUAUCGUGUUAUUUUCUCGUGUAUUCUACGAGGGUACCGAGGACAUAAUCAGAGAAGGUGUAGCUUCGAAAGAUGAUCAAGGAAGAUGGUAUAAAGAUCAUUAUAAAGCGAUCGUUGAUUGGGAAACCCACUUUGAUUGGAUGAUUACCAUUGAAUCACUGAAGCGAGAACUGCUCAGAUAUCAGCGGGAUCUUCUGUCAUGCGAGAAGGGAGGUGUGUCAUGGUUAUGCGGACAGAACUCAUGUGCAUUUGAAGGAAACAUAUUAGAGGCAAUUAAUCUCGCGUUGAACCCAUUCGACAAACAUUAUAUUGAUAGAGAUUUGUUACGUACUGGAUUAGCUAUAAUAAUAGUCACUCCGGGAACUGGACAUUUUGAGGUCAAUAAACGAUUGCUCAGAAUUACCGCUGAGCGUAUGGUUUAUAAUGGAAUUGGUCUCGAUUUGGUGAGUCUAUCUAAGAAACCGUUACACACCGUCCCUCUUUUCAAGUUCAAAUCACAGGAAUUAUCAAAGGCACCUUUACCAAGAUGGAUAGAAUUGACUAAGGAUACAAGAAUUGAUGCUCGAGAUCCUUUAGAUUAUGACGAAAAGUCGUCCGAAGCUAAUCAUGAAUAUUAUAAAACUCCAGAUUGGAUUGAUUGUAGUUUUUAUAGCAGACAUCAGGAUAAACCAUACAAACCAGGCAAAUUUGUCAGCAGAUGUAAGAUGUAUGAAAUACAGAUGAUGGGAAUUACAAAGUAUGAUGUGUGUUCUGUAGGCAUUCCAUACUUGGACGAUGAAUUGCAUACUAAAACCGAUAGUCUAAAAAAGCCGAAUGGUGCACUGAAUGGUGUAGCCGAUAUUUACGAAUUGUAUGACGAGAGCGUGUUUGCAUCAGAAAAAGAGCCAAGUGCAUUUCAGGAACGGGGUGGAUCACACCCGUUUAGAGAAUUAACAGCAAGCUUUAAUCAAAAUAUUGAGAAUCGUAACUAUCUCGUUGAAUAUUCCCGUUAUCAUCGUGUUGACCUGCCCAGCAGUCUUCCCAAGACGUUUACGGCUACACAAUCCGAUCAUCGAUUAUCCAAGUCUCCUUACAUGAUGAAUAAUCAGUCCGUUGGCUCCUCACCAGAUAUUCGCUCUACGCUUUUUGAAACCCAUCAAUCGGUGCCAAUGCUUAGAUCCGGAUCCCACGACGUGCCGAUGACAUCAUGUCCUGAAGAAGAUGUGACGUUCUCAAGUGAAGCUCAACCGGUGCCGAUCAAUAACGCAUCACGAACCAGAAACCGCAGUCUAAGUCACGCAUCACCAAGGGCUAACCAUUAUGAUCCAUCAUACUCAGACGAGCCGGGUAAAUAUCAUACAAAGAGUUCGUAUGGCAAGCAAAUGGCAGCCAGACAACAGCACAAACAAGGUCUUGUCAAUCCAUCCAACCCAGAAAAGAAUGGCCGGAAAACGGAAUACGGGUUUGAGUUGAGGAAGUGGGAGCACAUAUUUCCUCGACCGCAUACAAACACAGUUGACUGGACGGCAUUGUGUAAUCCGGCAUGUUUACCAUUGACCACAGAGGACAUCCCACCAAUCAACGAAGAGGAACUUUAUGUAGAGUAUACAUAUAAUAUAUCAGUCGAACCAGAUGUAAUGGAUGGAGAAACGUUGGUAAAUGAGAUGAUAUCGCAACGAUUGGCCCAAGGAUACCAAUUGAUCAUGAUACCACCAACGAUUGAGAAUCCGGUAUCCAAAACAUUCGGCGAUACCAGCACCUUGUUGGAAAAUGGAGAUGGUUAUGCGUCGACAUUCACAAAAACCGACACCCCUUGUUUUCUAGCUAUGGGUCAUUCCGUACACAAGUUGACUCGUAAAGAUGAACUGAGUACAGAAGUGAAGAUAUACGUGAAGAGGACCGAAUACCUACCAACUCCCUUUUCAUAUUGCUACUACGUAUGGCCAAAGGGUCAAUCAGUAUAUGAAAAAAGUGAAGUUAAAUUCAAUUAUCCAGGUUCCGGUUUUCAACAUCCAAAUUACAAAUGGAAUUACGUGGAUCGAUUGGUAUCUGGAGAUCAAAAUGUUUUAACGGAUGAUUUGAGAUUCUGGCGUGCUAGGUUUCUCUUAAUACCAACAGAGACUAUACCGAAUACCGUGAAAACAAGUGGACACCUCGAGAAUCUUAGUGACGAGGACAUAAGAAUAAUGGGAAUAACUGAAUUUCUGGGAAUUCUUCAGAAAGCACUCUGGAUUCCACCCAAACAGCAGCCAGGGGAAGCUAUUCCUAGACUAGAAAUUACUACUCUCACUCCAUCCGAAUAUGUACGCAAGGCAGAUAGAUCCAUUUAUAAUCGAGCGCUACUCGACGACACUGGGAGGGAUCUUACGAAAGAUAGCAAAUUGACAACUAUAGCGCAAGCAAUACUAGAUUCUAACCCGCCACUAUUGAUAAGCAGAAAAUGGCGUCUAAAAUUUUAUGAAAGCGUAAUAAUUGGCCAAGAAGCGAUAGAUUGGAUAAUCAGUAAAUUUGCUGAUAUUAACACUCGUGUUGCGGCUGAAGAGUUUGGGAACAAAUUAAUGGAGCAGGGAUUGCUCGAACAUUGUAAUAAUAAACAUCCAUUCAUGGACGGAUACUUUUUCUAUCAAUUAAAAGGGGAGUACGCCCCAAAAAAGGAUUUCAAAGGAAUUUUUGGGUUCGGUCUUAAGAAAGAUAAUCCUCCUCCAGUCAAGAAAGAUGAUUCUCCUCCAGCCAAGAAAGAUGAUUCUCCUCCAGCCAAGAAAGAUGAUCCUCCUCCAGCCAAGAAAGAUGAUCCUCCUCGUUCAAUGCCAGCCAAACCUGUCACAUCCAAACCAGCAGAUACUACUGCUCCACAAAGGCCAGUUUCACACCCGCCUUUAAGGGACAUUAAAAUGCCAUCUGCAACAGUCCCUCAGGUGCCGGCUUCUCAAGACUGUAUUGUUCUAAGCAGAUCUAUAGAGAUUGAUAUUGAUCCAGAAAAGAAAUCAAAUAGAAAAGAGACAGCUACGCUUCAUUACGACGUCAUUAACAACCCAGACAUUUGUUAUCACUUCCGAUUGAAUUGGUUGGGUUGCACAGCUCGGUUGAUUGAAUCAAUGUUGAAUACGUGGAGUGCUAGACAUAUAGAUAAAUACGGGCUAAAGCUAGUGGAAGCUCCUGUAGAACAAUCAAUGGUUUUAACCGAUAACCCGUUCCAAUCUCCAACGGUCAUUCAACUAGCCGUUAAUCCUCCUCCGCUGGAUGCGAAGAAGCUUCACCCUGAUGUCAAUUCUUAUCUCUACUAUGAAAUACAAUUGGUCAAGCACUUUCAAUUUGUUCUUGACGUCGAGGCAGACAGUUUAUUCCCUGAAAAUGUCAAGAUAAAGAACUCGUACCACAAAACACCGUACAAAUAUUCUCAAUAUAUUCACAGAUCAGGAACUGUAUUUAUUCAGAUAUGCGAGCCAGGGAACGGAUAUCUGUGGGUGGUUAACCGACUAUAUGCCACUCGUGGACUUAAGCAAGCCGCAACUAAUCCUGAUGAACUCUUGAAAAAGUUUCGAGAGUUUUGUUCGGAUGAGAAGAACUUGGAGCAGUUUUGGAAAGAUACGGAAGAGGCUAUUCCGUAUGUGAACGAUAAUAAAGAUGAGAGUGAGAACGAAACAGCAAAGCCAUAUGUUAUUGAUGACACAGUGGAAGGAGGUGCUAUAGAGCAAGGAGAACAACAAAAAACCCAAGCUCAGACACUGGAUGAUAAGUAA